AUGUGCACCAUCUACAAAAACGCACCAGAGAAAUUAAAAGGCUCCUUCAACAGUACCUUCCAGACCUGUGAUUUCUACUACCUACGACAAGGGCAGCAGAUACACUGGAACAUCAUCUGCAAGAACCUCUCCAAACCACAGACUAUUUUGACUUGGAACUUAACUGCAGAUGCUGGAAAUCAAACAAAAAUAGACAGUUCUGGAGAAACGCCACAGGUCCGGCAGCGUUGGUGGAGAGAAAGCAGAGUAAAGGCUUCAGAUCCAGCGACUUCUCCUCAGAACCAAAGAUUAGGUCAAAAUUUAGGAACUGCCUUCUUAAAAGCCUGUGCUUGUGCCUACAUCACAGACUGCAACAGGUCAGUAACGGAUCCUAGGGAUGGAAAGAGAGUUGCACUCAAAAAGAUGCCCAACGUCUUCCAGAAUCUAGUUUCCUGCAAGAGGGUCUUCCGUGAGCUGAAGAUGCUUUGCUUUUUCAAACAUGAUAAUGUACUCUCUGCGCUUGAUAUACUCCAACCUCCACACAUUGACUACUUUGAGGAAAUCUAUGUUGUCACAGAGCUAAUGCAAAGUGAUCUUCACAAGAUCAUCGUGUCUCCACAACCAUUGAGUUCAGAUCAUGUCAAAGUUUUCCUGUACCAGAUUUUGAGAGGGUUGAAGUAUCUGCAUUCAGCUGGCAUUUUACACAGAGAUAUCAAACCAGGGAAUCUUCUUGUGAACAGCAACUGUGUCCUGAAGAUUUGUGACUUUGGUCUUGCCAGAGUAGAAGAACUUGAUGAGUCCCGUCAUAUGACCCAAGAAGUUGUCACUCAGUAUUACCGAGCACCAGAAAUCCUGAUGGGUAGCCGCCAUUACACUAAUGCCAUCGAUAUCUGGUCUGUAGGGUGCAUCUUUGCAGAACUUUUAGGCCGUAGAAUCUUAUUCCAGGCUCAAAGUCCCAUUCAACAGUUGGACUUGAUCACAGAUCUAUUGGGAACUCCAUCACUAGAAGCCAUGCGGACAGCAUGUGAAGGUGCCAAGGCUCACAUACUCAGGGGUCCUCAUAAACAGUUGUCGGGACCAGUUUAACUGCCUGGAGGCAGCUUUCCAGAUGCCAGGCCAGCGGUGGGAGAUUUGGAAUGGGUCGAGUUCAACUUUCCAGACAGGCCCAGAGGUCCAACAUGCUUCAGCAACCACAAGCCACCCUGUAAGGGGAAUCUCCAUUUAAACCGGCGCCCCAAGUGCCUUCUCCUUCAACUUCUGUGGCAUUCUGCCUGCUGUUUUUGAGCUAACAGGCCACUGGCCUUCUAGCUGAGAGAACACUUUUUAAAUUGUUUAUUUAGGUUACAAGAUGGUUAGUCAGUGAGGCACAUGCUGACAGAGUUGCCAAAUUUCAUUUACAAAUGAACAGAAUUCCUUCAUAAAAGAAGGGAAAAAAAAUGAACUAAAUAAAGACAGUCAGAAUGAUCUUGUAAUAUACAGGUAAACAAAGUUUUAGAGACUCGAGUCCAAAGAAGUUAAAGGUCUAUCACCUCUUGAACAUUCUACUUAACUGACACCUGAAAUUUCUCUUGCCAUGAACUAGUAAAGCAAGUCAAUGAGUCCUUUCCAAAUCUGCCAGCGUGAACUUCUAGCAAAUUUGAGGCCUGAGCUUUCUCCGUUCUAACAACCUGCUAAUUUUUAACCAAACUGUCCUCGCGUGAAAGUUUCAUAAAUUUAAACUUUUGAGGUGACUUGCCCCGAAUCAUCCAUCUAUAAGAGGAAUUAAACUUGCUUCUAAACUCAGCACUAGUGUCUUCUGAACUGCAUUUCUUUUAAAAAUUGCUCAUUCUAGAUACUUUUGAACUGAAAACAAAGCUAAUUGCUAUACAUGUCAUAAACCCAACCCAAAACGUCAGCCUUCCUGCUCUUCUGAUGCUGCUUGGCCUGCUGUGUUCAUCCAGCUCUACACCUUGUUAUCUCAGUAUAAAUAUCUUUCCAUUGACACCACAAGGAUUCACAAGCACCUAAUCUCUAGCAAAAUUUUGGAUUUAAAUCACCAUUCCAGAAUAGCUCUGGUUAUUUUUAAAUGAGAACCCUUCACAGAAGUGAAAUUUAUUUUAUGAAACGAAUUCUAAAAAUAUUAAAUUAUAUACCUUUUAUAACCGUAGACAUCAUUCCCCAAAAUAACAUGUUUAGUAAACUUGUGCCUUUAGGCUAUUUUUCUUUUGACAGAUUUAAAAUUUUGAGUUAUUUGCUAAUCCUAACCCUUGCUAAUUUGCCAGGUUAAAUAUUGUGGCUGGAGAGAUGCACAAUAUGAGUGCUUCUGGCAUCUUUGUUCUGUGCCUUCAAGAGCCCUAGUACCUUUGGAGGUUAUUGGAGACGGGCCUUAAUCAGUUAUGUAACAAAUUAUUUCUGCUGCAAAUUUCUUAGUCAUUCAACUUAAAUUAACAGAAUUAUUUUGACAUUCAGCUAACUUCGUGCAACCAGUUGUGCAAGAAGCUGACGUUAUAUUAUUAAACUACAGAUUAAUCUGAUCUGAAUUUAGUUUCCAAUUACGUGAUUGAAGGCUUGCUAUUUAAAAUUAGAAUGACCAAAGUAAAAUAAGUGUUUAAAUGACAAAAUAUCCAAUUGUAAUGUUCACAAUGAUUUACCAAACAGUUAAGCAUUUAGUGAUUCUCAAGCAACUUACAUUUAUACAAUAUAGUUAAAGUAUUAAAAUGUCCCAAGGCACUGUGCAGAAGCAUUAGUAAGCAAAAUUUUAUACUUGAGGCUAUUUGGGCCUCAAUCAAAAGUUUGGCCAAGUGGUUGUUUCAAAGGAACAGAGGCAGAGAAUUUAGAGAGGCUAUUAUAGCAGGUAGGGCUUGGAAAGUGAAGGUACAACCACCAAUGGCAAAGAGAUUAGACUGAAG